AUUGUUAAUCUAGGUUAUAAAAAUACAGAAAUUGAAGUAGGUAAAUGUCGUAAAACGUGGAAUCGUCACCGUGUGUAUUUUCACCAUGCGUACUGUGGUCAAGUCUUCUUAUCAAAGUGUGUUUAUAAUUCUAGCUUUUUUCCGCGAAAUUUCGUCAAUUGCUAAUGAUUCGGAACUGUAUUCAAAUUUUUCCGAUUCAUCGUGCGGGAAAUAUUUUGAAAAAUAUAGUAGAAUUGUCGGAGGAUCAAAAGCUGCUCCUAAUGAAUUUCCAUGGAUUGUUUCAAUCAAACACAGAGGGAGUCAUAUUUGCGGUGGAGUGAUUGUGAAUAAAAAAUGGGUCAUCACAGCUGCACAUUGCUUUUGCAGCGAUACUUCUUCUUUCUAUUCCAAAGAAAAAUAUAGUGUUGUAAUAAACCGAAAUGGAUCUAGAGAAAAUGGCGUACAAAAUAUAUUAAUAUCAAAAAUUAAGAUUCAUUUUGGAUACGCUUGUAAUAAACUGGAAAAUGACAUCGCAUUAUUAGAAAUGGACCGAGAUAUUUCUUGGUUAAACGCAGAUCCUGCCUGUUUUCCAGUGGAUGGAAAAUCUGAAUUUUUGAAUUUUUCUCGCACAAAUGGCAUUGCAGCGGGUUGGGGAGCCACGAAUGAAGAUUUCAGUAAAGGUAAAAUGCCUGUAAUUCUACAUAAAGUUCAACUUCCUAUUCUUCAAAAUGAUGAGUGUCAACGAUGGUAUAACUCUCAAAAUAAAACACUGUAUUUACGAAAGUCACAAAUGUGUGCUGGAUACGAAAAAGGAGGAAAAGAUACAUGUUGGGCGGAUAGCGGUGGUCCAUUAAUGGUUAGAAGAGGAGUAAAAAUGGUGGUGGUAGGGAUUGUGUCUACCGGAAUUGGUUGUGCGAGAGCUUCUCUACCUGGUAUUUAUACAAGGCUUUCGGAAUUUAUGAACUGGAUCGCUCUUACAAUAAUGUAAUUGAUGUAUUUAAGAAUUGUAACCUAUUUACCUCCUUUCAUGGAAUAAUACAAAUAAAUUCAUCAUCUUA